UUUUCAGCGGACCCUAGCGCCCUCUCGACAAUAGAGGAAAAACUGCUCUUUCUAAAGGAAGUAUCGGCAUCGUAUCGCAAAUUAUGGGCUACAUUCGACAUGCCACUUAUCAUCCUAGGCAUAGCAGCGAUGACAAAUGCAUGUUUACUUCACGUAUGUUUCAUACACUAUCGAAUGAAAACUAAAACGACUAUAGCAACAAAAUCAGAGCACAAUCUAAACGGAGUUUGCAGUCACGAUUACCAAAUUCGAUCUGCAGACUCAGAAAAAACUGAAAUUUUUUCGGCAGGGAAAGAAAAUUUUACUCGCCAAAUGUCCUUUUUCAGCCUUACAAGUUGCACAAUAACUCUGCUUGCUUCAAUCUUGACAGCGUUUCAUUACCCUCCGUAUGUGAUAGCUCUAGUGUCGCCUUUAGUUUUCUCUCUGCUAAGUCUCACAAAGCCGAACCUUUUCUACAUAUUUCACAACUCUGCCGAAAUGUUUUAUAUUUUGCUGCCAACCUUGCUGUACGGCCUCAUUUCAGGGUCGAACAGUUUCAUUUUGAACGAAACACAAUGUUUGCUUUUUCUUUCGAACGCUCUCGUUAUUUUCUUGGUUGUGUACGGGGGAAGAUCGACAACAUUUAAGCUAUCCACGUCUCUUUACUCUGUAGCCUUGAUAGCGGGAUGCAACUUUAUUAGUCGAAGUUUCAUACAGCAUCCGGAAAGCGAGGAACUGAACCCUAUCUUGGAACCCCUGUCAAGUUUAACGCAAGAUGUAGCUCAUCAGAGGUUGUUGCUGACUGCAAUAUGUCUUGUAGCUUUUGUAUUGCUGACAUUGAAAAAUCUGUUUCGAACGGAGAAUUUGAACUCGCAGUAUUUUAACCUGGUGUCUACAUGGUUUACAGCGGCGCUCCCAGUUUGCGCUCUGUGUAUCAUUUUGUUCUGGCUUCAGUCGUUGCAGUCACACAGCGUGUACGAAGCUCAAAGUGAUAGGAUCAAAGUUCUCUUCCCCAGAACAGUGUACCUCAUAGUCGUAUUAGGAUUCGCCCUGUUUCUAUGUGAGCCUAUUUUGGUUCAUGUGCAACGCAUCAGGUGUAGCAAGGUACCCCAAAUAUCUCUGGAACAAUUCGACCCGGAAACAGAUCCAGCUAAGCUGAUACCCCAAAUUGCCAAAACUCUUUUCCCUAGCUCGCCGUCUGCUUCGAAAAAUGGGUCUGCAAAGCACAACUGGAAGUUCAAAAAGGGAAAUGCGAGACAGCACAAUGGAGUUGUACAGCAAAAUGGGUCUCUCAAAACCGCCCAUGUUGAGAACUCGGAAGAAUCGAGUCGCAGCUCAUCGGUGUCCAACUUGAGCAAGAGAUCUCGCAAUAGUACGCUCACUCAAUCUAGUGCCGUGGCUAAUAACGCGCAUCAGCAUUCUCUGCCAAAACAGCCAGUGAUGGGAGCCAGGAAGUUCUUCCACGUGGUCGGUUUGAGCUCCACAGCUUUGGCCUCCUGGCAUCUGGUCUCAACGCCAGCAAUCAUUCUGCUGUAUCUACUAGUUGGCAACGGUUCCUCUCUCGCUUUCUCAAUAAUGAUUCUACAUGCUCAAGCCUUAUGUCAAAUCGCAACAACUGCAAUGCACCAGAAAGAGGAAGAAACUCAAUCAUCCAAUACUGUUUCUAGUCAAGUAGAGAAUAAUGGAAGAAGCUCGCAACUGUCGUCCAAUCAUCAGUCAGAACCGAGAGUAACCACCAAGUUGAAAGUCGAAACAGAAGAGAGAUUGAAUGUCGAUGGGGGAAGAGAAGCAUUUGACCCGUGUGCUGUGGUGUCUUUUGUGGGUGGCGUGGCGAUUUCUUUGCUGGGCAGUUACUACUUUUACGUCACAGGGCAUCAACUCUCAAUCGCAUCAAUUCGGUUCGAAACUGGAUACAUCGGUUUUCUGAAGGAUUUCCAGUCGUUCAUUGUGCCUGGAUUUCUGGUGGUGUGCAACACAUUCUGUGCCCAAAUAGCCGCCCUUUUCUUCAUCCCAAUGAUAAUUUACUCUCGCUUCAGUGGCAGUAACUGUCAUCCCAAUACACCCGCCACCGCUGCCGCUUCUGUUGCCGGAGGAGCAGCAGCAGGUGCCUUUAGUCCAGUGGGUAGUUCCGUGCGGUCUAAACUGGACUUGGACUCCUCGGAUGGCGACUUCUGGACAGUGUUGCUGCAUAAUGGAGACAGAGUAAACCGGCUGCUUCUAGUCAUGUUCGCCGCCUUCUCACUAACACACGCAAUCAAGCUGUGUGUGACGAUGGCUUGCACUAGUGUAUUGAGACUGCACCUGAUGGCCUACCGAGUAUUCGUGCCUAACCUCUUGUUCCAGGCAGUCGCAUUCCUAGUGGUGUUGAUUGUGCAACUCCUACUCGCUCUAGCCCACAAGUGGAUCAUGUUCAGAACGAACACAUUCCUCACUCAGCUCAACAGUCGCAGAUAGAGAGCAAAAGCAGCAGAAAGAAAAUAAAGACAAAGUGUCAUGGAAGACAAAGACGAAAAGGAAGAAGAAGUCACUUCAAGAGAUUUGAAUCUUUAAGCAUAGAAUGGAGAUUUCUUUUUUACCCACUUAGACCUACCUGCAAUUCUGUGCGUUUCACCCCAUAUUAUUUAA